GGCUGUUGGGAGGUUGGGCCUCAGGCCUUGGACCAGAAGGAUCUCCUUCAGGCUCUGAGACUGUCAGGAGGCCCUGGGGGAUCCCGUUGAAGCUGCGAUUUGGCGCAGAGCUGAGAUGUCUGAGCUCUAGACGCAGGGACCUCGGUGUCAAAAGAUUUGCGAAGAUGAAUUGGGUCGGGGGGUCCCGGUCCAGGGUUCUGAUCAAGCAGGAAAGGAGAAAGCAAAAGGAAUAUUUUGAAAAACACAGGUUAAAAUCAAAAAUGAAAUCACUCGGAGUUUUAUCUCCUGUCAAAAAUUCUGCUGUCAGCUUAGACAUUCUUAACCUAUAUAUGGUAAAUCAGAUAUCUUGCAAGAAGAAAAUCCCUGAAACUGUGAGGAAACCAACCCAUGUGAACAUGAAUAGAGGCAUAAAAAUGCCCCUAAGAAAGCAUAAUUUAGAACUCCCAAUAUCGCCUCACUGUGUACCUUCUAAACUCUGCCUUGAUGAUACAGAAACCAACAUAAACUAUCAAAGACUAAGUAGCAAGGAAGAUCUUGGCCCAGUCCAGUCACAAGGCAUGGACUCAUAUAGUACGCUUGACCCUCAGUUCAGCAAAAUAGAGAACUGCAGUUUCACUCCAACAUCUUUUUCAGUGGAGUUAGCUUCUAACAGACAUAUUUCAAAACUAAAUUUCACACCCGGAAUAGCACCUACUCCUCAGAAACUUGCAUAUGAAAAAAAGCAGAAUGACCAGCUCAGUAAUGUUAACUGUUCUGAUUCCUUGCUUUCCAAGUUAAAUAAAAGUCAAGAUGUUCUCAGUCCAUCACAUAAAACUACACAAUUUGGGACAUUAUUUGAAAGAUUAAACAGUCUAGGAAAUAGGAAUUUACUUACUAAAUGCCCUACUGUAAUUAUGGAUGAAGAUUGUAGAAGCAUGGAUGAAAUAAGACAGUCAGACUACAUUACUGAAAAACACUCCAUACAGCAUAUUUGGAGGAAAAAUGGAAAGAAAGUUUCAAAUUUUCUUGAAGAUGUGAACCAGUCUACUCCUAACUUUCUAUCAGAGAAUUCUGACUCUUUUGUUAGUCAAAAUAUGAUCAAUGUAUUAAACAUAGAUCAGCAAAAGAUAAAGAAAACAUUUAACAAGUGUGAUUAUGAUAGUAUGGGAGAUAUUUGUGUAGUCACUCAUUCUGAUAAAAACCGUGUCACUGACAGAUGCAUUAGAAACAUUUUUACAGUUCCAGAGUUGACUUUUAGUAAUUCAACUUUGAAUAAAACAAGUUAUCCAGAAAAAUGUCAGCCAAACAAGAAGAAUCAGAGAGAGUACAAUAAAAAUGAAAGAAAUGAUCUUAGUACAUCUUUUGAGAACGAUUACUACCCAAGCAGCUCUGAAAGAAAAGGAAAACUUGAAAAUGAUUACCAAGAGAAGACACCACAGAAAAGUAUUCAGAAAUAUCCAGCAAACUCUAUGGGAAAUAUACCUUCAGAAGAAUUGCACUAUAAGCAGUCAUGGGACUUGGGACUUGAUGAGAUUCUGAUGGAAGGAGGAGGAAUAUGCUCUUUAAAAAGCAGGCCAACAUCUACUGAGAAAAUCUGUCAGUAUAACUGUAUAAGUUAAUUUUACUCUAUUUUAAAAACUAACAAUUAAAUAGAAAUCAGUUAAAUUUGAA